ACUUGUUUCUUCCAGCUUUCUCCCUUCAGUGCUUCAAAUUUGCAUCUCCUGUGUGUGUUUAAGGUCUAGGCUUGCCAGCUUUACAGAGUGAUGUCGUACUGUGGAGAUGUGUGCAUACCAUACAGCAGCCCAUGUGAUGUGACCUGCCCUCCUCCCUUGGCCAGAGCCUGCAAUGAGCUGUGUGUGACAUCCUGCAAUGACUCCAGAGCCAUUGUGUACCCACCACCUGUGGUCCUUACUUUCCCUGGGCCGAUUCUCAGCUCCUGUCCACAGGAAAGCAUUGCCCACUUCCAUCCCUACGAUGGCUUUUUAUAGGCAGCCCUGCAACUACGGCCGCCCCUUGCUGCCCUGCGAGGUGACGUGCCCACAGCCCUACACCAAUGCCUGCAGCCAGCCCUGCAUCACCUCCUGCGGGGACUCCCGUGCCAUCGUCUGCCCCCCACCUGUGGUCAUCACCUUCCCAGGCCCCAUCCUCAGCUCCUGCCCUCAGGAGAGCAUUGUGGGCACCUCAGCCCCUCUGGAACUGGGCAGCUCCUUUGGCCAAGGGAACUACCUGGAGGCCCAGAGCUUGGUAGGUCGUGCUGCAGCCGGCCGCUACUCCUACCCCUGCCACACCAGCCGGGUAGAAUUCUGCUCUCUGAAGCCCUGCAUCACUCUACCACCUCCAUCGCCCCCCCCGACCUGUCAGGAACAGGAACAGGAGCAAAUCCGCAGCCUCUGAGCAAGCACAGAGGUGCAGCUAUCAGAGGGCAUUGCCAGGAGCUGGCUGCACCCUCAGCCAGCCCAAGGAGCAAGCUUAGAUGCCAGCCCCCCUUUGCAUGAGAUCUCUGUUCAAGAUCUCCUUGUGCUCUACUUAAUCCCUUUUUCCUUUGCUAUCAUGUAAAUUUAAUUCAAUCCCUCUGUGUUGUUCCCUGCAGUGUUGCAGUGCUCUGAUAAAUCCCAUCUGUCAUUCUCAAUAAAAUCCUUUCAGCU